GUCGCAACAACACCAGAACUGGUGGUACAGAUGCGCUCUGAUCCUCCCACAACCGCUGAACCCCAGGGCAGGCCGGCGUCUGAGCGGACGCCCCUCCUGGGGGAUCAAUCGCAGAAUGAACCCGCACCGUCCGGCGACUCGGACGUUCCCUUGGCUGAGGAACCCAGCUCGAAGGAGCUGAUCCUGGUCCUGGGAAGCAUCUGGGUCGGUGUGUUCCUGGCUGCUUUGGACACUACGAUUGUCGCAACUCUAACCGCCCCCAUCUCGUCCUCCUUCCACUCCUUCACGCUGCUGUCCUGGCUCGCCACCUCCUACCUCAUUUCCAACGCCGCCUUUCAGCCGCUGAGUGGGCGCCUGACGGAUAUUUUCUCUCGACGGACAGGUCUGCUUUUGUCCAAUGUCUUCUUCGCCGCCGGUAAUUUGAUCUGCGGGCUCGCGAAAAGCGAGGGAACCAUUGUCCUUGGUCGGGUCGUCGCCGGCAUCGGAGGCGGCGGCCUCACAGCGAUCUCGACCUUCGUCACCUCCGACUUGGUCCCGCUACGGAAACGAGGCGUGUGGCAGGGCAUUGGCAAUAUCUGUUAUGGAGCGGGAAGCGGACUGGGUGGUGUGUUCGGAGGGUGGAUCAAUGAUACUUUGGGGUGGCGAUGGGCCUUUCUGAUCCAGGUCCCGUUCGUCGUGGUAUCCGGUAUCCUGGUGGCUUUCACGUUGCGAGUGCCCGUGAAGCAAUCCGAGAACGCCAAACUAAGACGGGUGGACUUCCUCGGAGCGCUCACCUUGGUCGUCAGUCUCGUUCUGCUUCUUCUUGGGCUGAAUACCGGUGGCAAUCAGGUCCCCUGGACGCACCCGCUUAUCCUCACCUCGCUGCCACUUUCCGCCGUCUUCUUCGGGCUCUUCAUCUACGUUGAAGCGAAGAUUGCGUCGGAGCCGGUCAUUCCCGUCCGUCUGCUGCUCAAUCGGACGGUGUUUUCCGCCUGUCUGACUAACUGGUUUAGCACGAUGGCGGUCUUUGGACUUCUGUUCUAUCUGCCCUUGUUCUUCCAGGUUCAAGGGCUGUCCGCGACGGCUGCGGGGGCGCGGUUGAUCCCCCAGGCUAUUGGAACCUCGCUUGGCUCGCUGGGGUCGGGUAUCUUGAUGAAGUCCACGGGACGCUACAGGGUGUUCAAUCACAUCUCCGUGUCUCUGCUGGUUAUUGCCGGUAUCCUUAUCUGCACGCUGUCAUUGACGACUCCGUCGUGGCUACCGUUCAUCUACUUCUUCAUGAUGGGGACGGCCUACGGUAGUAUGCUCACGAUCACCCUGGUGGCGCUGAUCUCUGCCGUGGACCACGAGCACCAUGCCGUCAUUACAUCCGCGUCUUAUGCGUUCCGCAGCACGGGCAGCACCAUUGGUAUCACCAUUGCCUCCGCCGUGUUCCAGAACAUCCUCAAGUCGGGGUUGUGGUCUCGGUUUGGCGACCGUGAGGACGCAGGGGAGCUGAUCUCGCGGAUCCGAGACAGCCUGGAUGAGAUCCGCCAUCUGCCUGCGGACUGGAUCCCGGGGGUGCUCGAUGCGUACAUGGAUUCUUUGCGGGCGGUGUUCCUGACGCUGCUGGGACUGAGCGUGCUGGGGGCGAUGGUCAGUAUGGGGAUGCGCGAGCACAAGUUGCAUUCGAACCUGGCGCGACGGGAUGAGUGAGUAACCCGGAAGUACAUAACAAGCGUAUAUACGUAUAUAGUACAAUUUACACAUGAU